AUGGACAGAGCACUCCUUAUCGCCUGUCUUGCGCUUUUGGUCUUUGUCGAAGUACAAAGCUACACCCUGCGAGAUGUUCUCAGAGAGAGACUCAGAGAAAGAGGUACCCCUAUAUCAUAACAGUCUAAGCAAACAAGUAUAUUUAUUAGGUUUAUCACGGCGUCAACUAUGAAUCAACAGCGAGAGCGUUUUCUCGUAAUUUUCUAAUGGCAGAAUCUUGGGUAAACAACCUUCAAUUGGUGAUUGUAUUUUUGCGAGCAAGGAAAAUCGUUAGAAAGUGUAACUGUGAACAGUAGUUGUGCCGAUCAUGAAACAAACUGCUAAGACUGCGGUGUUAGUAUAAGAAAAAAGGAAUAUAGGCAAAACUUUGAGCGAUAACUAUGUAAAAAGAAAAAGCUUCCUCUGAAUUCUAUUGUUCCAAACUUUAGCUCACGAAAUAUUCACUUAAAUCCGACGGCGCGUGUGUAUUCGAGCGUUGUACGUUCUCUUCAGUACAGCCUAACGUCGUACUACUUGGCCGUUCGGGGAAUUAAAAAAGAUAUAAAAAAAGUUCCGCCAUCACGCUGCAAUGUGCUGUAAUUUAGACAAAUGGUUCAUGAUCAGAUUUUAAGGUCACAAAGGUUAAAAGGACUGAUAUUCUUUCGCGUGUACCCAAGCGCGUGCUUGAUAUAAGACGCAUCAAGACAAUUUAGAGUACAUGAAUUUUAACUUGCAGAACUGAAUCGAUUAAGGCAAUCUGAUCAACCUAUGUUCAGCUCAAACCGUAUGUAUGAUGCCAGAAAGUAUGAAGGUAAGGUUAAAUAAUUAGAAAAAUUUAAUUAGAUUAUAUUAAGACGAAUCUCAAUACUUCAGAAGUGCGCGCGUGAACUAGCGUCAUUUGGCGGGAACGUGAUAACUGUCUUCAUUACUAGUUGCCACGAAAAUGUCGCUUUGACGGAAGCCGGGGACAGAAUAGUCUGCUACACAGCCGUUUUUAGUGUCGUCACGCAACGCUCCUCCCCACUGUGGGGAGUAAAAUGAAGCUUUCCUGGGGAACUAUUUUUGGAGAAAACGAAAUAAAACGCUAAAAAGGUUAUUUUUAAAAGAUCAAAUCUAGCCUGGUCCUCGUUGUCGCCCUCCUCAUCUUCUCUUCGUAAUUUACUUGUUUGAGUCACUUGCUUACUGUAGGCGACCUCGUGUUAGCGUAGAUUGAAGUGAUUUUGACGGAACUAUUGAGCGACGUACUCGGAAAGGGUAGAUCACAUAAGCGUUUAUAACUCUGAGGAAAAAUAAAUGACAAAACUUUCAGGGAUAACCAAGUGAAAAAGAAAAGAAAAGCUUAGACAACUCAUGGUCAAAUAUAGAGCGUAGCAGUUUCGUUUCUGCAGAGUUUCUAGCCUUUAUGCCGGUAUUUAAUGUACUAAAUAAGCUCCCCUCCAGCCCCCAACUCAUAAAUUGUUUUUAAUACAUGAUUUUAACUUUGCAGAACUGAAUCGAUUUAGGCAGUCUGAUCAACCUAUGUUCAGCUCACACCCUUUAUAUGAUACCAGAUUGCUGAAAGGUAGGAUUUUUAAUUAACUUCUCGUAAUUAAAGACUUUUUUGGUAAUCUACUGCUAAAGGUUCGGGGGGGUACUCAUAACUAAUUCCUGGUGGGAGUGUACCGCCCGGUUCUCCAAAUCCUAACCCUAUUUCAGACCAAAAAAUGUCACUUUCCACACCCGUUGUCAGACCUGUCAUCAUUUAACUUAGAUUAGAACGCCAAAUAAAAUAUAUUCUUAAAAUAAUAAUAAUAAUCUUUAUUGAGAUGACUUUUUCAUAUAAAAUCGCUUACAGAAAUCGCGCCCAAAAUCACCGUUCAUUACGUGUGAACAGAAGUUCCAUACGGUUUGAUUUUUCUGCUGGCGCAAAUGCUAUCUGGUAUAAUGUGAACACAGUCACAAGUCACAAAUCCCAGGACCAUCGGUGGUAUGCUGGAACUGGAGCAAUUUAGGCUUCUGGGAAACUGCCCACCUACCCCUCCCCUAAGCCAACAUUUUGCCCUAAGUGAGAAGUAAGUGUUAAUGUUAGCUUAGGGGAGGGGCAUAUGGGCAGUUUCCCAGAAACUUUAAUUGAUCCCGUCAUAAACAUAGGCAUGUCCUCAUACAGGUUCUUCGAAUCUCUUUACAUUUCCAUGAAAAAUUAGUUAGAAGAAUUUGUUAAAAGAUCAUUGAAUUCCUCUUUUGGCAAUCAUUUAAUCAACUUCUCUUGACGAUCGAUGCAUCGAUUUUGUUUGGCGAAAGUUGAUGUCAGCUAAUGUAGGCCAUUCUUGGCACUUAAGUAGGGUUUAAAACAUACUCCUGAUCACCUGAUUUCUUCUUUUUUCAGCAAUAAACGAUUUGAGAGAAUUCCAUUUAAAACGAAUGCUCGAUGAAGGAAAAAGUGAACCAGGUAAAAUGUUAAUAUGUGUUACUUUGAACCUCGAUCAUGAUAAUCAUGACGACAUCCACAACGGCCGAAUCCUUGGUUGCCAUCUUGAAAUUUACCUCGGAAACUUCAUUUUUAUAUUUUCAUCUGUAUGCAAGGAAUGUAGUAAGGAUGCAUUUUUCAUGCCUGAAGUGGAAGUUUAAACUAUGUGACAAAAAAAACCUUUAGUUGGUUUUGGUACUUCUUUAUAUUUUUUCUUUCACAAGAAAUAGCGAAAACCUCGUUUUUGAGGGCUCAAAAAUGGCUUUAUUGACCUCACGCUAUUUGGACAUCAUAUCUAGUGGCCAUUCCUUAAAAUUUUUCCGUAAGAUCGUCAAGAUCGAGCGCGUUACGUUACGGGUGGUCAUCUUGGAUGAGAGUCAAAUCUACUUUGUGUGAAAGGGAAACCCCGAAGCCCGUCUUCUCUAUACAUGUGAAACCAAGAUGGCGGCCAUACCAAUAAGUGGUCGAUCUUUACAAUAUUACGAAAAUGUAGGGACUGUAUGUCAGUCUAGUAGUCUAUACAACUGUUGUUGUACCGUUAGCGGCAAACCUGUUUCAAACCUGGUUAACGCUAGCUGGUUAUAAAGAAUAAGUUUGUGGGUAAGGGCUGGGUGAUGCGAGAAAUAUUUUGAAUGAAUCAAAUAAUGAUACACUUUCCCGAUCUCGCCCUCCUCGUUCUAAGUCAGGGGGGAGGGCUUUGAAUUCAGCCCCAGCAGAAAUACGGGGUUGGAUGAUGGAAGCAAUUGAAUGCUGAUUAGGAUAACUAUUUUAUAUAAAGAAUACUAAUAAAGAGAAAAUUUUAUACAAAACAGUCCCCCUAAUUUGAAACCAAUUAAUAGCAAAAAAAAAAAAAAUCGACAAAAGGUAUUUCCGAAGACAGAAAAUAAUAAUAUAAUGACAAGAUGUCAUGAUGAAGUCGAGUUACGUCAUUGUGUCAAUCAAGUAAUAUGCCCAGAUGUUGGAAUUAAUGAGUGCAAUAUUCUGUGUAAUUUUGGUGGCCGUAUCAUGAGUGGUUUUGAAGUCUGAUAGAUGGGGGACUCCAGAGGUCCCCCCGGGGAUAGGGUUAAUAUGACCUUCAUACAGACUAUCUCUGAGCAGAUAUCAUUGAUAACUCUUUAAUACUUUGGUAUUUGAUUUCGCAGACUGCGAGGAUUAUCAUCCCCAUUGUGAUUGGGCCAAGGAUGAGGGCACCUGCGAGUAUCUGUAUACUACUCUUACCACUCCUUAUGCAAAAGCUGCCAAACACAUUGCCAAGGAUCUCUGUCGAUUUACGUGUAACGCGGAUAACUGUAAGUGAAAUUCACAGCCCGGCAGAUUAGGGAAAUAGGUCGCCGUAGUUUUAUAGUAAUUACUCGACAGGCCAGACUGUUCACAGUCCCCUUUUUGGUAAGAUCGUUAAGUAAGACUUUGCAUUACGGGCAGCCAUUUCUGAUGAGUGUCAAAUCUACUUAGGUAGCGGGGGAUUUUUUUUGUGGGGGGAAGCAAGAAAAAUAGCGAUUUUUCUCGCCUCCCUCCCUCCCUCAUCGCUAUAAACCCCGACGCCUGCCCUCUCAGUACACCAUUUGAGAAAGAUGGCUGCCUGUACGGUAAGCGCUUGACCCUGACGAUCCAACGAGAAAAACAGUUCAUCGACUUGAUGUCGCUUUGAUGUUGCCCUUGAUAAAACGCUGCCAAAUGCAGUGUACUGAAAGUUACCCAAAGGACGCCGCGCUGGAAUAAAAGACGUACCAAUCAGAGAAAUGCAGCAUUUGUUGGAGGAUUAUGAGAAAAGGAGAUCUUGGUACAGCUUGGUAAUCUGCACCAUGAAAACAAUUACGAUUCAUUGUCAGACAAAAACAUCUCUUGCACGUUUUUGUUUUCCAAAAAUUUAUAAAUGAUUUAUCCCAAUUGUUGUUUGAUUCGGGGGACGACAUCUUAUGAUGUGACCAUUCAACUGAAUGAAAACUCUUUGAUAGUACUUUUACCUGGUACUACCUGUUUUCGUAGCUUUUUACAAAUCAAAUUUGGAAAUUUUGCUGGAUUGCUUACUAUUUUUUUAAAGAAGAUUUUGAGCUAACCUAGUGAUGAGCACCAAAAGCAUUUGUGAAAAACAGACAAGCUACUCUAAACUAAAAACAAACCUGGUGAGAGAGCAGUCGUUUUUUCAAGUUGAUUGAAUUUGAAUGGUGGACCUUGAGAGUGGGCGCUUAUUCGAGGUGGGCGCUUAUUCGAGGCUGGGCGCUUAUUAAAUUUUUGCCAUUUUUAGCAACUGAAGUAUGUUUAUUUUGCGACAAAACAAUAAAUGCUAAUAACAAAACGCGAAGAAGUAACAAAGCACGGUUUCUGUAAAAUACUCUGAAGAAAACUCCGUCCUCGGGGAAGUAUCAUAUUAGAAUUUAUUCACUCAAGUGGGUGGGGUGGGGGUGAGCGCUUAUUUGAGUUUGAUUGGGAGGAGGAGGGGGUGGGCGCUUAUUCGAGGCUGGGCGCUUAUUAACUUUUUCUGCCUUUAGGAUGGGCUCUUAUUCGAGAUGGGCGCUAAUUCGAGGUUGGGCGCUUAUUCGAAUAAAUACGGUAUUUUCGUCUUUACUAACGCGCACUGUUAGUUAAGUAUUAAUUUAGGUGAUCAUUUUUACAGUUCAGCCACGUUCAUGAAAGGUUACUGCUAAAAUGCAUUGCUUUUUUAAUCGCUUGAGUUGACCUCUGUAACAAAUAUCAGCUUAAUUGCACUGCAGUUAUGCUCUCUCUUUUUUCUUUCCAUUUCAAGUUUCAUUUUUAACUGUCCAUUAUACUUAGAUCUGACUUUUUUUUUCUAAUUUUUACAUAGGUGCAGAUAAAAUCGGUCCCUCUGUGGUUAAGCCUACAAAGCCUCCUGCGCCAGGAAUAAGUAAGUCUUCACGCCAUGUAGUGUAACUUAGUAACUGAUUGCCUCGUAUUAAUUUGCAGACAUAUAUAUUACUGUAUCUGAUUGAAAUCAGAAUAAUAAAAACCUUCAGGUUCUACCACGAGGACCACUACAAGAUCGAUAUUUGCUCAAAUACUAAGUAGUGCGCGCGCGUGAAUCGGCGUCAUUUUCGUGGGAAAAAGUGAUAGCCGUCGCCAUUCUACACGGGUUUUAGAAAGAAUAGAGACUUUUUUGGGUCGGUUAUUUAAGGUGUUUUACUGCAGUUUUUCAGAGGUCAUACCGAUAUUUUCAAUCGCCUUAAAAGCGGUUUUUUCCUUGUCCGAUCGCUAUAAAAUUUUCACCGGUAAUUGGCUAUGGAUCGAGAUUUGAGAAAAUGUCGUUUAAAGUAAAAUCGACGUUACCAUGAUAACGAUAAACAAAAAACUUUCAAAUUGAUAAAAGCCGGAUUUUAUGUGAUCUAGACAAGCUACUGAAAAUUCAACACUAACAACUUAAUUAAAGUUCGGUGUUUAGCAAACAAUCUCCGUAAGAAGUAAAAAAUUCUGUAUGUUUGAAUUCGACUAAAACGCAAAUGUAUUUCAAACCUUAAAUUUUCAAUAGCGGUGAUAGAUUAUUUAAUAAAAACGUUAUAAAUGACUCAAAUUAUUAUUAAGUAGCGUCAGAAUACUGCUUAAUAUCAUAUUUUGAUGCUAGGAAAUUUUGGUGUAUUUUCGUUCUUGCGAUCUUGAAAACUAACCGGUUUUCUCACCACCUGUAUAAGUGCGACUUCAUUCAAAAUUUGGACUUUUAGCGCUUUUUUGUAUAUCUCUGAAACGACUGGAACGAAUUUUUUUAAAAUCUCUUCACAUAAUCUUCAUAAUGUAUAUAAUAAGGUCUGGAACUUUCAUUAAGAUUGAUUCUCUGCAACAUCUUAAAAAAAUUUCAAGACAAACCUAUCCUGCGAACCUGUCAAAAAUCUGCGUUACAACAUUCACUGUUUUGACGUUAUGCUUAUUUUUCCAAAAUAAUGCGCACUGUACAUACCUCCAUGACUAGUACAUUUUAGUCUGAAUAUAUCGCAUCUUUUGAAUUUGUGCAUGUAAAACAUUGACAAUACGCACACUGAAAUGAACUAGUCAUGGAUAUAUGUAUUGUCCGCAUUAAUCUGGAAAAAUUACUAGUCCUUAGAUUCUACGGCGAGAAGAACUACGAGUACAAGAUUUUCUCAAUACAUAAAGUAUUGCUUGUGCGCGAACCAGAGUCAUUCUGGCAGGAAACGCGAUAGCCGUCAAUCCACCUACGAGUUUUAGCAAGGAUGUCGUAGUGGCGGAAACAAGUUGGCAAAUGUUAGAGUUUUUGUCAUUUUGCGUUUGAGAGAGGGUUUAACUCCUUCAAUAAAGAUAACAGUACUAACUUUUCGGGUGAAUCAAAAGUUCUUGGAGCGUUCCUGGGUGUUUAUUUUUUUAGAAUACGCGAAAAAACAUUCAGAGUCAAAUCUCGCAUUCGUAGUCGUUCUCGUUCCCGAAGCUAAAGGUCUCGAUUGAAACAAUUUAUCAAAUAUUAUAAGUUUUAUCAUUUUUCGAUCGGAGAGGGCUUAACCUUCUUCAACAAAUUUGACUGUGUUAAUUAAAUAUUCUGUUGAAAACACUUGAGUACAAUUAAGCUUUCCGGGGUAUAAACUUUUUGAGAAUAUGCAAAAAAAAAAGAAAGAAAAAGAAAACUUGAAAUUGAAUUUCGUUCUCGUCAUGAAAUAUUCACGUCUCUAAUGAACACUUUGAGAUACGCUAUUUAGGGGACACUGAAAAUUUACUGGCACCGGCCUCCGCCCGGGGUAUCGAUCAAUAGGAAGGUGAAGAAAGAGCUUCGUUACUAGUUACAAAUAUGUUAUUAAAGUGACGGUGUUCCUUCGCCCACACCCGUUAGACUGUAACUGAGGCCCUGUUCAUAUGUCGCAUUUUAAGUGCGCCCAAUUUGAUUUAUUUUUUGGGUUUAUUUUACGCCUGCAUAGCGUGAUUCGAAGCUGAAUUCGGCUAGGAUUUUUUUCAACGAUGUCUCGACAACGACCUUGAACUACUGAAAGUCAAGAUUAAUGAAAUUCCAACUCUAUUUGAUUUAUUUUCCAAACCUGGAAAUAAAGAGAUACAGUCGACCCCCGAUAACUCGAACCUUCAAGGGAAAUCGAAAAAAGUUCGAGUUAUCGGGAGCUCGAAGAAAAUAGCCGAGAGUAAGGUAAAAAACAGUUUUUACUGCACAGUGAACAUUUUAAUCACAUUUAAUUGUAGAAAUGUCAAGUGAAAAUUAAAAGAUACUUCUAGAUUAAUAAUCAGAACGUAACGUAACAAACCAUAGCCUAAAUAGAGGAUGCGUUUUACUGUUUUGAGAAGUAAAGCUGCUUCACGUUAGCCUGUGACAAUCAAUAUCAGCCUCCACUGGUAAACUAUACUCCUACAACACGUCAAUAGGAAGUCCAAAAUUCAAUGUUUUGGAGGCCAGUAGACGGCAUUUUUCCCGACUUUUUAAGGGCUCAAAACAUGGUUCGAGUUAUCGAGGGUAAAAUUAUAUAGAAAAUGACCUGAGGGGAAACGAAAAUUGGUUCGAGUUAGCGGGAGUUCGAGUUAUCGAGGGUUCGAGUUACCGAAGGUAAAAUUACAGUGAAUGUACGACGGAAAUCCAGGGGAAAUCGAUUUUGGUUCGAGUUAGCGCGAGGUCCGAGUUAGCGAGGGUUCGAGUUAUCGGGACUCUACUGUAGUUACAAUGCAUAUAAUUCUAUCUGUCUGUUUUAUCGAUUGCUCAUGUAUGGAAACCUACAUAGGAAGAAGUAUUUUUGUCGGUUACGGUCUCCAACAUUCGGCUGGAGAUAUAUUAUAUACAUAGAUCAUAUAGAGAUUUUUUUUGGCGUUUUUAUGGACCGAGACGAGAUCAAAGUCAACAAUAACGCAAAAAAAAAAAGAAUGAGGCCAGCCAACGUUACCGAACAAGGUUGGCAAGAGAUGGCCAGAGAACGUUUUCUUGCGGGAGCAACGCGGGAAAUCCCGGUUGGGCAAGACGGGCCCAUGUUGGAAAACCCAAAUCCAUGUUUAAAGAUAUUUGCGGCAUGGCACAGAAAUACAACCUUUCUAAAUCACUGUUUCUAUUUUCUUCCAUAUUCAGACUGCGUUAAUGAGAUGCAAGACAAAGACUGUGAAGAUUACGCAAAUGAUUGCAAAGAGGAAGAACGAUAUGCUUAUCAUCGUCAUAUCUGGGAGUACUGUAGCAAGACUUGUAACCGUAAGUACAUGAAAAUACAUAAUGUCGAUCAACGAUUGGACGAAAACUGGUUACUUACAAUGAAAAAAUUCAUAACACCAGAAUUUCGUCAUUAAUUUUUUGCCAUAUAAUGCUUGUACUUUUCGACAAACUCCUUCAAUUUUCGAAUAAGAGUUAAUUAUAGUUUGACGAAAAACACCAAGUAGAGGCGGCGGAAUUAAUCAAGAGCACUAUUUUGCUCCGUAAGUUGGUUUUCGCUAAGAAGGUUGUUACUCGUGUAGCGCCGCAUUAGGAACUUUAAGAUUUCACGACGGCGACGAGAACGAGAACGUCAAAAAGCAACGUUUUUGAGGGCACACGUACGUCAACCCGUCACUGCACGACUAUGACGCCCUUUUUCAAAUUUUGACGGUGGUUUCGCGCAAAUUUUCCAUCAAAUCGCCUCUAUAACAGUAAAGCCCGCCCGCCCGCCCGAAUACAAAUUUUAUAUCAUCAAGGCUUGUUAAGACCGGAAAAAAUAACAACGGAGACUAAUGUCGUUGAAGAAAAACGUUAUAUAGCGGCGCUCAAAAUGAAGAAUCGCUGCUAAAGCUCCAGUGAAAAAAUAGAAUGAACAGGAACGAAACGGCGACGAGAACGAGAACGUCAAAAAAGCAAUACGGAAAACAACAACUUUGCACGUGCAUCACGCUUUUUUGUACAUUUCUUUGCCGUCACUGCACGACUAUGACGUAAAAAUGCCUCAUUUCAUAUAUCAUGUAAAGAGAGCAUGUCUUGUUGUCCCAUAAUCCACGACCUUACAUUACACCACAUUAUGAGUAAAUAAAGGUAAUUGAUCAAGACAAUCAUUUGCUUUUGUUUUUAAUUUUUAGGUGUGGUAUACAAUUUGUGUAAGAAUUAAACUGCUCUCCGACGUAAACUUUUAAAGGUGAGUUUGUGUGUUAUUAGCAUUAACAGUAAUGAUUCGAUUUAGUAUCCUUCACCCAGUAAGUGUCUAUUUUCUGAUAGCCACCCUCAUCUAAAGUGUUUCUGUUACAUAAGAGUACCGUAAAUUACCUAAAAAGCGCCCGGGGUGUGUAUUGAAUUUUAGGGGUACAAACGUAGGGCGAGAUAUAUAAUAAAUACCUUGGCCAGGCGUUCAUAAGAGAGAGGCGUUUAUUCUCAUUGUUUUAACAAGCCGUCAACAAAACUAAUAUGCUUUCGGUAAAAACAUCAAGAGAGUUUAAAAGUAGUAGAAUAUCCACUCAAACAAUUGAUACGUCUUGGCCGUCUCGAGGUCCGUAUUUCUCUUUAAAGUCUUAACAUCGAUGUCAGAAUCCUCGCUCCGGGUUACUUUGUUACCAUCUUUAGUCUAACCAAACUUUGAACUUGACAUUUGACGCAAAGCCUUCUUAAUCAAGCAAUAAACUGAAUGAAUUGGAUGAUUUUUCUCCUUUUUGCUUAGCCCGGCUGGUUUGGAGUAAUGAGUAUUUUAGAAUUGGGCGUUUAUUAGGUCAUUUAUGGUCAGGCUUCUCUAACUUGUUGAUGAAAAUCACCAAAAUUAAGAUCAAAGUGCCUACAGCCUCUUUUGUUCAAAUCGAUUUCGUGAGAUAUUACUGCGUUGCAAGUGACGUUACAGCGGCCAUGUUGGUAGUCAAGAACAAAAGCAUUUCUCUCCUCUGAGAACUAAACUCUAUUUUCAUGAAAAUUCUUCGAGAAAAAAUUCUAUUGUAUUGACCCCCAACAUGGCUGCCUUUUUCACGUGGUUGCAUACCAAGAAUUGAGAAACAGCUGCAUGUAGAGUAUGCCAGUUAAAAAAAUAAUAAUAAUAAUAAUAAUAAUUGGGAGUAAAAUGCAACAAGACACAAACAAACAAGAAUUAUUGUAACUACUUAAUUCAAUCUCAGAAUAACUGAAAACAAUAAUGUGAAGAAGUUCCUCUGCAAUAGACAACGAUUGCUUAUUUCAUUUACUUUUGUUCCUUUCAGGAAACAGAGAAGGCAGUAAACUACUGAAAUGGUUUUAAAUUUUUUGAAAUCGAACAUGAGAUGAGAGUAAAGAUGUAUUUUACAAG